CACCCACAUGCAGCUUCCCUCCCUGUUGUGGCUGAAACAGAAGAAGGACCCUUAGAGCAGCCUGAAGGACCAGUAUGAUCUCUGAAUUCAUUUGCCUGGUCUGCCUUGGGCUGUGCGCUGCCCAAGGAAGCAGGGAGACUAAAGAGCCCCUUCCCAAGCCCUCCCUCAGGGCCUGGCCCAGCUCGGUGGUGCCUCAUGGGAGCAACAUAACGCUGCAAUGUCGGGCCCCAACCAAGGAUGUUGACUUUGCUCUCAGGAAGGGAGAUAUUUUUUUGGAUUCUUCACCAUCACUGGCUUCCACAGAGGGCCUGGCUGAAUUUCACCUCACUGACCUGAGAAACAGUCAGGCUGGAGUCUAUACCUGUGAGCUCUACAGACAAGGGGCCCCCUCCAUACGAUCACCGCCCAGUGACCGUGUCCUGCUACUGGUGACAGGAGAUUGGCCUAAACCUUCCCUGCAAGCCCACCAAAGGGGUGAGGUGACCGCAGGAAACACUGUGACCCUGCAGUGCCAGAGGCCUGAUGAUGUUUUCAGGCCAAUAAUGUUCGCUCUGCUGAAGGCGGGAGCGACAGGGCCCAUCCAGCUCCGGACUCCAGUCGGGAAGGAGACGGACUUCUCCCUGCAGACUGUGACAGCCGAAGACUCCGGGAACUACAGCUGUGUGUACUUCCAGACCCAGGCUCCUUUCUGGACCUCACUGCCUAGUGAGCCUCUUGAGAUCCGGGUGAGAGUCCCCCCAGGCGCCACCCCGAAGGACUACGCCUUGGGCAACCUCCUCCGCCUGGGUCUGGCGGCCUUCGUCGUGCUUAUUAUGGGCGCCCUCGUGCUGGAAGCCUGGUGCGGCCUGGAGUCUCCGCGUGGACCCGCGAAGCACAGCUGCGCCCUCGCCGGUCCUGCGCUGGGGUAGUGGCGCCGGGCUCUCCAAACACCACACUCCACCAUGGGCACCGCCUGUGCGUCUCACCACGUGGCCCUUUGGGUGGGAGAUUUCUCCACCACGUGGGACUGUCCUGUUCUUCGUGGGAACAUUCAGCACCAUUUGUCUUUCCCAAUAAAGGGCAGCUGAAGCCCCAAUCCUUGUGGGUCAAGGGAACGAGCAAGUGCUAUGAUGACCGUUCCCAACAUUGCUCAUUUGGAGGAUGGGGGGGGGGGGUUCCCUGGCGGAGAACCUGAGUUAGGAGGCCGGGGAAAUGUUUCCCCUCUUCCUCCUUCUCCGGAUCUCAGGCCUGUCCCUGUAGGCAUCGGCUCCACAGUUACCGCAGGGAAUGAUGAGUCCUUGACCAAGUUACCACUGUGUGAGAUUUCACAGGUUCUCUUCCCUUCUGGGACAGAAGCUCAGCAUGGUUGGGGUAGGGGGGUAGGAAGGAGGUUUGGGAAAUUUGUAGAUAAGAUGGGGUCUCACUCAUCUGCUGCCAAUAUCAAAGGUGCAAAGUGCCCCCUGUGUCUCCUAAGAGUGACAUCUGGGAUAGAGUGACCAGGAACUGUUCCCUAUGUUAAAUGCUGCUUGGUACUCAGAAUGACAUAAAUUAAGAUAGAAUCA